AUGUAUGUCAUCGUUCUAGAAAGCCGGUACGCCUGGGUGCGUCUGUGUGACGGCGACCGACCUCCAUCUUUUGCUGCAGCGACUGCGACGAUAAAAGCGCUAAAAGCUCUUGAGCUAAAGGAAUUGAUUCCUGGGACACCAUGCAUCGUAUCAACCAGAUUUCACCCACUUGAUUUUGUAAAUGAUGGGAUUUCUUAUGAGCAAAACGAGCCAGUGAUUAACUGUGAUGUUCAGUUCGAAUCCUACGCUCGCGCCAUCGUGGAGGAAUACGAUAGCACAGCGAAAACAGCUUCUGUUCGCUUGGUCGACUUUGGAAUUCAGCUCUUUCAAAUUGAUGUCACGCAGAUUAAGCCGCUUAUAUCUGCUUUCGGAGGUCCACCGUUAGCUGUGCGAUUACAGAUCGACGUACUGCCCCAGGUAUUGCAUAGUUCAUAG